AUGCUUCUCAAAAGCCUCUUUCUCCUUGCUGGAGCCCAGUCCGUCUUUGCUAAAUGCAAAUGCACACCAGCAGACGAUUGCUGGCCAUCAGCCUCGAAAUGGACUUCUCUCAACUCUACGGUGGAAGGAAAACUUCUUCAAAACCAGCCUCUCGCCAAAGCAUGCUAUCACGGCCCUGGAUACAGCGCUAAAGAAUGUCAACGCAUUGCUUCAAAUUGGACAAAUGAAUUCUGGAUCCCGGAAUCUCCAAUCGGAUAUAGCUAUCCACUCGUUGAUACGUGCCCCCCAAUCAACGCUUCGGUAGCCGCGUAUCCGUUGUGCGAGCUAGGAACUUCUCCCGCGUAUACCAUCAAGGCUACCAAGGCCGAUGACGUCGCUGCUGGCAUAAGGUUUGCCAAAGAGAACAAUGUGCGACUCGUUAUCAAGAAUACUGGGCAUGACAUCUCACAGCGAUCGCAAGGAUACGGCAGUUUGUCGAUCUGGAUAAAGCAUAUCAAAGGCGGGCUUCAUUUUCAUAAGACAUUCAAUUAUUCGGAAGGAAACUGCCCAUCUAAUUGGACUGGAAGUGCGAUCACUAUCCAGGGUGGAUAUGUGUGGAAGGAUGUCUACAGUUUCGCCUCUAAACACCGCCAUGUCGUUGUUGGAGGAGGUGACCCUACCGUCGGAUGCAUUGGCGGAUUUCUUCAGGGAGCAGGUCAUGGUUCCCUCAGCCACGAAUUCGGACUAGCAACAGAUCAAGUCCUUGAAUACAAAGUUGUCCUUGCGUCAGGAGAGCUUGUAACGGCGAACGCAUGUCAGAACUCCGAUCUCUUUACUGCCCUCAGAGGAGGAGGGGGAGGUACAUAUGGUGUUGUCAUAUCAGCUACCAUCAAGACGUAUCCUACUCGUCCAACCCUUUACCAUGACCUGACUAUUGCGGAUUUGGGCCACAAUACCUCUGCAGUCUUGCAGGCCACGGCUCGAAUGGCCUCGAAAUAUCCUGCAAUUGUUGAUGAAGGGUUCGCCGGUACUGCUUUCCUCACCCGGAAGUAUGAAUCUUGGGUAUACAGCGCUCCCUUCAUCAAGUUCCUCGCGAAUGAUUCAAUUGAAGCGAUCAAUCACGCAAAAGAUCUGAUGAACCGAGUGAUUAUUGAUGAUCUGCUUCCUGGAAAUGGAACGGAUUACCUGGUAUCAUCUAAAUGGUCUACUCAUCCUUCGUGGGCCGCAUGGUAUGCGUCGACGCACCACACGUCCGCAGGUAAUAAUCAACCACUCAUGGCAUCGAGAUUCUUCGCCAAAGAUUCUUUAUCCGGCAAAGAACAACAGCUAUAUGAUUUGCUUCAAAUUUUGACCACCGAGGUCGGAGAAGGGGUUCAUACUGCAAACAACACUGUGCUCCUGAAUAUCGUUGCCGGUGGAAAAGUUCUCAACAAUGUGCCAUAUACCUCUGUGAAUCCAGCUUGGAGGAAAGCCUAUCUUCUGUUACAAGGAAUAGAUAUGUGGCCGGCAAAUGCGGGUUCGGAGGAAAUUCAAAAAGUUAAGGAGGAACUCACUAAAAGGAAGUUAGCAGCCAUGAAAGCUUUGGCUCCUGCGACGGGAACUUAUCUGAAUGAGGCCGACCCGUAUGAUCCGGACUGGAGGAAGGACUGGUUCGGCGAUAGAUAUGACCAACUUCUGUCGAUCAAGAAGAAGUACGACCCAGAGGGUGUGUUUUGGUGCUGGCGAUGCGUGGGCAAUGAAGGCUGGGAAGAGGUGACGGGCGGUGCAUUGUUUGGACCUUUGUGUCAAGCGAACUAA